UCAGUAGCUCUGGGAUCGUUUCCCAGCUCAGGAAACUCGCUCAUCGGUGACCUGCAUCGCAGGCGCCCCUUAAGACAAAUCCCUCUACAGUCAGCGCUCACAUGAUUAUCUGCACCGAGAGAGAGAGAGAGAGAGAACUACGGGAAAUUGGGCUUCAUAUAAAAUCUUUCUUGAUCUUGUACGUAUAUUCUCGGCGACCCUGGACGGAUGGUGUCCAUGGUAACGGUCACCAGGAACGAUUAGCUUUGUCUGGAUACCGCAAAACGCAUUGUUUCUCGCGCAGAACCUGAAACCGAGUGCACUGCACCUGUUCCUGACAACACACGACUUGGACACCUCGUCCCCGCGGCCCUGUUGUCGGGAAAUCGGUCUCCACGCAAAACCAUGUCCUGGUAACUCUGGAGCUGAGCGCAACCUGCGGCUAACGGCACGAGCGCAAACCUUCAGGGUUUCUGGUUUAGAAAUCGAGCGGCACGCUGUUUCCUCUCCACAUCAGCGCCGUAGUGUGCGUCCCAGCGAUGUAGCGCGCUCUUUCCGGCGGGGCGUCGUCUGCUUUUCAUCUCGCCGCUUGCUGCCUCGCCUGGGUUACCCGAUUCCGCGAUGCUGUGGACUCGCCCGUGACACCCAGCCUCACCAGUAUGCUGCCCGGCUCGAUCCAGAUCACAGGGGAGGCGCUGUCCGGGGCAGAAAUCCGCGACAUCUGCGACAGUCUGAAGGAGAACAGCGUGCGGCUGCUGUCGGUGCGGGGCUGUCAGCUGUCUGACCGGGACUUCGCGCGCGUGUGCCGCGGUGUGUCCGAGUCGCGCUCGCUCGCGCAGCUCAACCUGAACCUGGGCGUGGUGUCGAGCGGCGGCCGCGCGAAGCAACUCGCCGAGGCGCUCUCAGCCAACAGGUCCAUACAGACACUAUUUCUGCAUGGAAGCCCUCUUUUAGAUGCAGGGUUGAUCACUCUGAACACAGCGCUGUCAACCCACCCUUCACUGGUGUCCUUGGACCUGGGAGAUUGUAUGCUGGGAGAUGAGGCAAUUCAGCUGAUUUGUGGCAUGCUGCCUCCAGAUGGGGCCAAAUCUGGUCUCAGAGAGUUGACACUAAGUGCAAACCCAGCGAUCACCACUAAAGGCUGGGCUCGUCUGGCAAUCGCAGUGGCUCAUAGCUCACAGCUCCGCGUCCUUAAUCUAGAUUACAAUCCCUUAGGGGACCAGAUUGCUGGAAUGCUGGCUGUUGCUGUGGCGUCCAGCCGGACUCUGGAGGUUUUAGACUUGGAGGGAACAGGGCUCACAAAUCAAUCAGCACAGGUCUUCCUGGACAUGGUGGAGAACUACCCGACCUGUCUGCGUGUCCUGGUGCUGGCUGAGAACGCCAUCAGCCCUGAGCUGCAGCAGCAGAUCUCAGACCUGCUGUCUGAGGGCGAGGAGGAUGAGGACAGGGAUGCGGAAGCCCACGGCAGCUCGGUCACCAUGCGAGAGAAACCCGCUUGGCUUCCCCACAGCAACCCGAGCUCCCAGAUGGUCCUGAUGUCAUCGGGACUGAGCGAGAGCUUUAUGGGAGAGACUGACUUGUGAUAACUGGAGCUGCCUUUGGUUUUAGGUUUGCCCUGCACGUCGCUACAGUCAGCCCAUGCGUCAGCGUGCAGCCACUCACAAAGCAUGACGUGUAGCAUUUAGUAGACUGUUCAAAGCCGGCACAAAAAACCUCGACCACCAAGUGACUUAUACAAUAUAUAGUGAAUUAUCUAUUUGCCUGAUGUACAAUCUAUUUAUAAGCAACUAUUUAAGCUACAGUGUACUCUCAAUUAGAUCGGUUAAGUGGGGUUGUUGUGAUGGCCUGAAUAAAUCUAUUUACAUCUUUUUAA